AUAUCGUAUCAAAAACAGUAAAAAAAGAAAACAGAAACGAACCGCUGCAGCUUGGUGUAUGAGAAGCCACCUUUCAUUUCAUCGCUACUGCAGCCUCCGGCGGCAGCGACUGUGAAACAAACUCUAUGUUGCUUCAUUUACAAACUCUAUGUUGAUCCUCCUUUACAGGGAAUUUUGAAUCUCUGAAUAUAUUGAUUGUGACUCGAGGAGAGGAGCAAUUGUAACACACAGUCAUCCAAGUUAAUUUAUCCAAUGAACGAACUUUUGAAGAAUCCAAUAUUUGCUACUCAUGCAGUUGUUGCUGCAGGAUCUGCUACAUUAGCCACGGCUAUCACUUACCCUCUCGAUAGCCUUAAGGUCCUUGUGCAGGUGGGUUCAGGUGUCAGUAAACAACUCACUGCUGCUGACGUCCUUAAUAGGAUUAAAACUUUGUCUGGGACUUCAGGCUUGUAUAGUGGUGUGGGGUGGUUGACGCUUGGAAGAUCAUUGGGUUUGGGAGCUCGCUUUGGUGUUUAUGAAAUAUUGACAGCAUUCUACAAAGAUGGUCGAGAAGGCAAUUAUGUCCAUAUCUCUGAGGCUCUGUUGGCCGGAAUUGCUUCUGGAGCAGUGGAAUCACUAAUAAGUUCUCCAUUUGAACUUGUUAAACUCCGUGCUCAGGUUACUUCUGCUUCCCGAAUUCCCAGUUCCAUGUCAGUUGUUGAAAAGACUGCUGUUUCGCCUUUAAUGUCAAAGUUACUACCAGGAUAUUCCCCGGAUAUUAGGGGAUUAAACAACACAGUUGGUCUUUUGACCACUCUUCCCACCAAACAUCCCAAUUUGGUCACUGCCUUAAAAGAUUAUCCAUGGAUGAUGACAGGGUCUGGGAGACCCCCAUCUAUCUCUGAUGUUAAGAGGCCACUAGACAUCAUCUCUUUGGAAGGAUGGGGUGCUCUCUGGAGAGGUAUGAGAUCUGGACUUGCUCGGGAUUGUGUGUUUGGUGGUAUAUUCUUUUCGGCGUGGCAAUUCCUGCAUCAAGCAAUGCUUGAAUGGAAAGCAGUUGGGAUGAAUCCCCCACCUAGAUCUGCUGAAGAAAUUGGCCCAUUGUCUCCUUUAGCUGUUAGUCUUGCGGCUGGAUUCUCUGGUUCAGUUGCUGCUGCUGCUUCUCAUGGUUUUGAUACUGCCAAAUCUCGUUCGCAAUGCAUUGUGCUGCCUAAGUUUGUAUCCAUGGAGAGGAGGUUUCUUAAAUGGCAACUACCUGGGAAGAGAUUUGAGAGAUGGACCGGGAUCCACCCUGCGGAUAGGAAUAUCUUAUUUCGUGGCUUGGGAUUGAGGAUGGCACGCAGUGGACUCGCAUCCUUUGUGGUUGUAGGUGGGUAUCUUUUUGCAAUCAAUCAGCUGCUCCCUAAGUGAAGGUAACAAAAUAACGGAGGAAGUGAGGACUAACCAAUGGAUGGAAUGAUGAGCCGUGUUAUCAAGCGCACAAAAUUUUCUCUAAGCGGCUGUCAAAGAAGCGUCUUUUUCUCUAGGAACAAGAAGCUUGGAGACGACUAUUCACACAUUAAUGUUGGUUAUACGUUUGGUGUCUGCAUUUCUGGAGGCUCUGUAUUCGUCUUCGUACAUUCAUUCUAUUGACCAAAUGGCCUUGUUUUUGGCUUCAAUAUUCAGUCAUUUUGUACACAAUUUGGCUGUUGAAGAUGUUAGUAAAUAGCAAUAAACAGAAGUGUUGCUUCUCCUAUGAUUCCAACAUUAGUUGGAACUUGAAGUAGGUACUUUUAACCUAUGUUGCGGGACCGUUCAAAAUGUUGUUGUACCCGUGUUGGAUCUUUAAAAAAUAUAAGUACUACUUUUGGAGGA